UUCUGUGCAACCUGUUGCACUUUAAAAAGGAUUUUUCUUUGGAGGUUGACGCAGUGGUCGGAUUUGAUGAGGAAGCGCAAAUACUGAUGAAGCGACUUACUGAAGGAUCCGAAGAUCUGGACAUUAUUCCCAUUGUGGGUAUGCCGGGACUCGGCAAAACCACAUUGGCAAGAAAAAUUUAUAAUGAUCCUCGAAUUUCAUAUGAGUUUUUCAGUAAAAUUUGGAUUCAUGUCGGCCAGCUAGACAAGAUAAAGGAUGUCUUUCUUAAAAUUCUCAAUAGGUUCACGAGAAACAUUAAGGAAUAUCAAGAUAUGGAUGCGAAUGAAUUAGCUAGGCUAAUAUGUUCAUUUGUGGCUAAAGGAGGUAAAUGUCUCAUUGUCUUAGACGACGUGUGGGAGUCAGAAGUUGUGGAUUCUGUCAUGAAAGUUUUUCCGAAAAACAGGUUUGGACACCGAAUCAUGAUGACCACUCGCUUAGGAAAUGUUGCUACCUAUGCCAAUGAAAAUCCUCAUUAUCUGAAAUUUCUGAAUGAAGAUGAAAGUUUUGAGUUGUUGAAAAUGAAUGUUUUUGGCAGGAGAAGUUGUCCCCAUGAGUUACUAAGACUUGGAGAAAGCAUUGCAAAAAAAUGUAGUGGAUUACCACUUUCGAUAGUGGUGAUUGCAGGUGCAUUGAGAGCAAGAACGAGUAAAGUUGAUUGGGUACGAGUUGACAAAAAUAUGGGGGAAUAUCUUAUUAAUAAAGAUGAUUCUAGAAUCAGCUUGAAUAUUGUAAAGGCUCAUUAUGAUAGUCUACCCCAAGAGAUACAGUCAUGCUUCUUGUACUGUGGUGUCUUUCCUCGAGGCUUUGAUAUCCCUAUUUGGAAACUGAUUCGCUUGUGGAUUGCCGAGGGCUUAAUAAAGUCCAAACCAGCAUUCACCCUUGAAGAGACAGCACAGUAUUAUUUGAACGGCCUUGUCGACAGAAAUUUAGUGAUGGUGAUGCAGAAGAAGUCCGAUGGCAAAAUAAAAACAUGCCGUGUUCAGGACUUGUUGCACGAGUUCUGUAAAAUGGAGGCUAGUGAAAAAUGGUUUUUCCAAGAAGUACGUCCAGCAUUUGAUGAGGCUAUUAUGUCUAUACAUGAUCGAAGCAUGUCGCGUCGAUUGUGUGUUCAGCCCCGUGCUCUACAUGAUUUUCUCUCCACAAGACCAUUCGUAGAGCAUGUGAGAUCUUUUUAUUGUUUUUCCACAAGACAAACACAAAUUGAGUUGCCUCCUAGUAACAUCAGAUCUAUCUGCAGAUCAUUUCCAUUGAUUAGGGUCUUGGACAUUGAGUCCUUAAAAUUUUUAUUCUCCAGGGAUUUUUUCCAACUAUUUCACUUGAGGUAUAUUGCUAUUUCAGGCGACUUCAUGGCCCUUCCAUGUGCCUUCGUUAAAUUUUGGAAUUUACAAACCCUUAUAUUUAGUACAUCGGCUCCAGUUCUUGAAAUAAAAGCAGAUAUAUGGAACAUGUUAAGGUUAAGGCAUAUACACACCAAUGAUCCUGCAAAAUUGCCGUGUCCUUCUACCUCUACGGGUAAAGCUUCUAUCCUUCAAACACUUUCUCAGGUUGCAUCACAGAGUUGCAGGAAAAAUGUGUUUAAAAAGGCUUGUCAUCUAAAAAAAUUAAGUAUUCGAGGGCCAAUGAAGUCUUUUCUUGAAACUAAGUGCGUCAAUCUUGAAGAACUGAAGUCCCUGGAAGAACUGAAACUGUUGAAUGAUUUUCUUUACUCGAGUGAAGUGCUUCACAUUCCUGUAGCAUUCUUUAAAUUUGUUCGCACAUUGAAGAAGUUAACUUUGUCAAACACAAAGUUUGAUUGGAGUGAGGCAAGUAGGUUAGGGGAGUUGGAAUGCCUUGAGGUCCUAAAACUUAAACAAGAUGCAUUCACAGGAGAGUCGUGGAGGCCGGAGGUAGGAGGUUUUAGUGAACUCCAGGUUCUGUGGAUUGAAAUGGCAGACUUGAAACUUUGGGAGGUUUCACAACUUCAUUUCCCAAGGCUUAGGCACCUUGUUCUUAUAUCUUGUGAUAAACUCGAGGCUGUGCCAUAUGAGCUUGCUAGUAUACACAGCUUUCAAGAGAUAAUGCUGGAGAACACAAUCAAAGCAGUCAAAUCAGCAAGAGAAAUACAACGCAAGAAGCUGGAAAGCAUCAAUUUCAACCUCACCAUAUUCCCUCCUGAGUCUGAUGAUUUGAAGGCCACACAGUGAAAGGGGAAUCCAGGAAUUAUGUCGCUGGGAGCCUGGGAUCAUGGACAAAAUAUAUUGCCCUUAGAUAAUUAAGGAGUCACUGCAUAUCUUGUUUUCUGCAGUCUGUUGAUGUGAUAGACUUCAUUCCAAUAAAGAACAUGCUGUGUUUUUUUUUUCAAGCAUUGUGGAGUUUGAAAUAGCUUCGGUUUUUUGAUUGGUGUUGCUUGCUGCUGCCCUUCUUUUAUUUUUCCUAAGCCGAGGGUCUUUCGAAAACAGCCUCUCUGCC